CCGCCCCGCCGCGCAGACCUAGGUUUACGGAUUCCGUGGGUCUUGUCAGCUCUUCUGGUUGACUUGCUCUGAGUGUGGAGGAGGAGACUAGUGAGAAGACCCUCUCGUCUUGAGGUUUUCUGUUCCGUGCCACAGCCCGUGCGUCGGUCCGCGGCAGUUUAACCCUCCCGGGUGCCGCUCCUUUAUGGGCCUGUCGCGAGUUCUGAGCGACCCUAAGAACUCUGGGCUCUUGCCACAGCAGCGGCCACUGCGGCUCCCGGGCCGCUGCUCACUUCGCUCCACCCCUCGCUUCAUCCGGCUCAGAUCUCGGGGAGCCGAGCGGAACGGAAUAGCGCGGCGGAUAGUAGCGGAAAGGCCGUGAGUGAGUGAAGUUAAGUCCGGUCUAGCAGAACUCAGUGGGCCGAGCCACACCGAAUAGCACGGAGCAGGGAUCAAGUGGCGGCUGCCACCAUGAAGCGGGACCGGCUCGGCCGCUUCCUGUCUCCUGGAAUGGCUCGGCAGCGCGGGGGUUCGGGCGGCAGCUGUGGAAGCGGUCGGACUCGGGGUCGCCCUUCUCGCACCGGGGGAGCGAGCGCUGACGGGGCAGCUGCCCAACUCAGCUGGGGCUCGACGCGCUCCUGCGGGGACACGGGCGAGGACGGGACAGACGAAGCAGGAGCAGGACGAACUCUUGCUAUGGGGCAUUGUCGCCUCUGCCAUGGGAAGUUUUCCUCACGGAGCCUCCGAAGCAUCUCUGACAGAGUGCCUGGGGAGACCUCAGAGAGACUGUCCCCAGGGGAGCGUGUCUUCAUUAGGGACUUCCAGCGUCUGCUGGGUGUUGCUGUGCACCAGGACCCAGCCCUGCCUCAGUUUGUCUGCAAGAACUGCUACACCCAAUUCUAUCAGUGCCAUAGCCUUCUCAGGUCCUUCUUACAGAGAGUCAAUGUCUCCCCAGCUGGCCAGCGGAAGCCUUGUACAAAGGUUGGUGUUCAGCCUCCCACAGUGGCAGAGGAGGGAGCAUGCAUGGCUGAACUGAUCACCUCCAGCCCUCGAUGUCUGCACGGCUUGGUGGGCUGGGUGCAUGAGCAUGCAGUCAGCUGUGGGUCGCUACCCAGCCUCCAGAGGACACUAUCCUCUGAGUACUGUGGCAUCAUCCAGGCUGUGUGGGGCUGCGACCAGGGCCACGACUUCACCAUGGACACAGACUCCAGCUGCAGGGCUCUCUUUCUGGACAAUGCGUUAGCAGUGAAAUGGGCUUGGGGCAAGGAGAUAUCACCACAGCUGGCCCAGAACUCAGAGUCAAACCCCACAGGAGCUGCCUCUCAGCUCUGCCAGGCCAGAGAAACCCAAGUUGGAUCUGAGACCAAGACACUGCCCAGUGUGGAUGUGGCCCUGCUGCACUCACAUGGAGACUCUGUGGGACCUGGGCUAGGCCCCUGUACACAGCCAAACUUGGCUCCCAGUGAGGCCCCAGGGCAACUGGGUGAGACGCAGGUUCCAUCGUCAACCUCGGAUGAUCGGGUAAAAGACGAGUUCAGUGACCUUUCUGAGGGAGAUUUCCUGAGCGAAGAUGAGAAUGAUAAGAAACAAACCCCACAGUCCUCGGAUGAGUCCUUUGAGCCUUACCCAGAAAAGAAGGUCUCUGGUAAGAAGAGUGAAGGCAAAGAAGCCAAGAGGCCUGAAGAGCCCAAAAUCAGAAAGAAGCCUGGGCCCAAGCCUGGAUGGAAGAAAAAGCUCCGCUGUGAGAGGGAGGAGCUACCCACCAUCUACAAGUGUCCUUACCAGGGCUGCACAGCUGUAUACCGUGGGGCUGACGGCAUGAAGAAGCACAUCAAGGAGCACCAUGAGGAGGUCCGGGAAAGGCCCUGCCCACACCCUGGCUGCAACAAGGUAUUCAUGAUCGACCGAUAUCUGCAGCGACAUGUGAAGCUCAUCCACACAGAGGUACGCAAUUACAUCUGUGAUGAAUGUGGGCAGACCUUCAAGCAGCGGAAGCACCUUCUUGUCCACCAGAUGCGCCACUCGGGAGCCAAGCCACUGCAGUGUGAGGUGUGUGGGUUCCAGUGCAGGCAACGAGCAUCCCUCAAGUACCAUAUGACCAAACACAAAGCAGAGACUGAGCUGGACUUCGCCUGUGACCAGUGCGGCCGGCGGUUUGAAAAGGCCCACAACCUCAACGUGCACAUGUCCAUGGUACAUCCUCUGACCCAGACCCAGGACAAAGCCCUGCCUCUGGAAGCAGAGCCGCCACCUGGGCCUCGGAGCCUCUCUGGGACCAUGGAGGGCCAGGCUGUGAAGCCUGAACCUACCUGAGAACUGCAGAGCCUGCCUUCCCAUACUAUUCCAGGGACACAUGGCAUCUCACCUGUUUCUGUCAACUGGAAGAGCAUCAGCCAGGACAACUUCCUUCUUUCCAAGCACAUGAGGACCUCGGCACAGAUGUCCACGGCCUUCAGAUACUCAGCAGUGUCCUGGGAUCCACAGAAGAACCCUCAGAAGAGCUGAGGAGGUGGGAAGCUAAUCUUUGUGCUUCCUUUUUACUUUGCAAAGUCUAAAAGUGCUAACACAAGCUGAACAGAGGACCACAACCCACCAGGUUGCUGUGCCAAGCUCAGGAGCAAGACCUCAGAAGGAAAACCAAACAACAAACAGAGCCUCAGAUACCCAGAGAUCUGAAGUGAAGUCUGAGUGGAACUUAUUACCUGGAGUUCCUGCCCAGCCAGGGUUGCAGAGAAAAGGCUACCUCAGCUGAAAGGUCUGACUUACCUGUUGGGUCAGAUAGGACGAGAGUAGACCCAUCAAGGAAAAGAAGAGGAGGGUGAUCAGUAGCUAGGAGGAAAACAGUUAUUACAUGAGUCACUAACACUCUAGAUUGAGGCCCUUGGCUAGAGCCUAGGGCCUCAGUGGAUCUCAGGAGGGGGAAAAUCCUAACUCACUUUUUUUUCAAACUCAUUUCAGCAAUCUUCCUGUCACAGCCUUCUAAGUGCUAUGAUUGCUAGUAUGAACCCACUACACCAGGCUUACUAUCAUUUAGGAGCUUAUGUCAGAAUAAAUUAUGGCUGAUAGGGUAUUUUUAAA